ACGCCGCGACGCUUCUACCGCUCUCCCGCUAGUGCCGGGACGUCGUGUCGCCGCGUCGCAUCCCGGUGCUGACACCGGCCUGGCUCCUUCAUAAUGCUGCUACGAUACGCGACACCCUAGUGAAGUGCCUAUGAUAGUGUAGUGUUAUCUUUGGGAUCUGUUCAGUGACAAAAGUUCGACUUCAAAAGAAAGUUUUGAAGUUGCGCGGGAAAAGUUUUAUCUGGCAGCAGCAGCAUCAAGGACACGUCGGCAGGCGGCCGGCGCUGCAGACUGACAGAGAGCGAUGCCUGCGCGCCGCCGCUACUCGACACCAGGCGAGCGCGCGGCCUGAACGCAGGAUGCGGGCGACAUGAGCCGCAACGAGUCGGCCGAGGGCUGCGACUCGGACGUGGGCGUAGAGCCCGGCGACCAGCUGUUCCGCUUCGUGGUGCAUGGCGUGCUGCUCAAUGGCAUCGGCGCCGCCGGCCUGCUGGGCAACGCGCUCUCCGUGCUCGUGCUGUCGCGGCCGCAGAUGCGGUCCUCCGUCAACUGCCUGCUAGUAGGGCUGGCAGCCUGCGACACGGUGCUCAUCCUCACCUCCGUGCUGCUGUUCGGGCUCACCGCCGUGUUCCCGUACACGGGCCACAUGCGCUACUACUACUACCACGUGUGCCCACACAUCACGCCCUAUGCUUACCCUAUCGCCAACGCCGCGCAGACCAUGUCGGUGUACCUCACGCUGAUCGUGACCAUCGAGCGGUGGGUGGCGGUGUGCCAUCCGUUCCGGGCGAAGGCGCUAUGCACGUCGUCACGUGCGCGCUGGUACGUCUUGGGGACGGCCGCUUUCGCACUCGCAUACAAUGCUCCCAAGUUCUUCGAAGCAGAGGUGAUACAGCGCUUCGUGGACGGCGAGCUUGUCUACUGCGUCACUGCAGACCUGACGUUCCGCACAGAGUCCUACAUCGUGGUCUACAUCCACUCCUUGUACAUGAUCGUGAUGUACAUUGUGCCGUUCUCGGCACUGGCGGCACUCAACGCUUGCAUCGUGCGGCAGGUACGGCGAGCGCAAGCAGAGCGCGCGCGACUCUCCCGGGUGCAGCGCCGAGAGCUCGGCCUGGCUACCAUGCUGUUGGUAGUCGUACUAGUGUUCUUCCUCUGUAACCUUCUACCACUCGUCACCAACUCGUUCGAAGUGUUUCUGGGGGACCAAUUCGACAAGCUGGACCCGCUCGUCAAGACCAGUAACCUUCUGGUUACCAUCAACAGCAGCGUCAACUUCGUCAUCUACGUUAUAUUUGGCGAGAAGUUCAAGCGCGUGUUCCUCAAGAUGUUCUGCGCGGGAGGCAUGCGUCGGUGGACAGGCACGCGUGACUCGCCGGAACAUACGCGCGACGACUCGUUCGCGUCGUGCGGCGAGCGCGUGUCGCUGCGGUUGGCGCGCAACGGCACGCUGCGGCGGUCGGAGCGCGGUUCCCGGGGCGCGGGCCGCGCGCGCCGGGCGCCCUCGCCGGCGCCCACCGUGUACUACCCGGCGCCCGUCACGGACGUGUCCAGUGCCUCGGACACGCGUUGGAGCGGCUCUGGCCGCGCUCACUUCUAACAGCGGCGCCCGACACAUGUUAUACUUGCUAGUGGUUCCUUGAGAAACUGUACAUUCGUGUAAAUAUCGCCGACCCAAGCGCCAUAUUUGCAUACACGAUGUGAAUGAUAAUUAAGUUUUUGUAAAUAUUUUAGUUAAUAUUGUUAUCGAAUACUUAGUACGGGGUAGGGAUGCCCUGAGGGCGGCUCUUGCACCCGUGCUCUGUAAAUAAAAGAUCAUUUGAUGUC